GCGCCCUGCUUGGGAGCCCUUCGGUCUUGGGUCGCGUGUGCGCGUGCGCGGGAGUUGCUGCGUUCCGGACGCGCUCCCCUGGAAUACACGGGCGGUCACGGCGGCGGCAUUUGGACUUUAUUUUACUCCAAACAGCGAUGCCCUGUGUUGAAACGCAGCCCGUACCCCCGCCUCAUGACACCCACCUGGGCCCUGACCUGACCAACCUGGACGUGGUGAUGGACCUCAGCGGGCAGAAGGAGCAGCUGUCCACGUCCUUGUUACCGGGCAUCAACACCCUGGUGGGGGGCGGCUACGUCGGCGAGUUCGAUGCCUACUCCUGCAAGGUCAGCGCCUCGCCGUCCUCGUCGGCGGCGUGCGAGAGCUGGGACUACCCCGUGCAGAACCCGGCCUACAAGCUGGAUGAUCUGCAGGUCUACGGCUGCUACCCGGGAUCCUUCACCCUCAGCUGCCUGGAUGAGACGCCGUCGUCGGGCGGCUCCGACUACUACGGCAGCCCGGGUUACUCCGCCGCGUCCCCACCCGCGACGGGUUUCCAGACACUUUGCGCGCCCGGGUGGGAGGCGUCCUUUAGCCCCUACCAUUCAGGACCCUGCGCUGAUAAGCAGACCUGCUUCUUGACCUUCCCCCCAACGCCGGAGCAGCAGUCUCCGCACCAGGACUCUCUGCUGGGUCAGGACCAGACUUUCUUCCUGCCUCCUCCGCAGCAGCAGGUCUCUCCCCUCCAGGGCCCUGCCAUGACCAUGGAGCACGGCGGCAGGGUCAUGGAGGACUCGCCCAGGGUCCACAACCCGGGUCUGAGCGAGGGGCGCUGCGCCGUGUGCGGAGACAACGCCUCAUGUCAGCACUACGGAGUCCGCACCUGUGAAGGCUGCAAAGGUUUCUUUAAGCGAACGGUGCAGAAAAAUGCAAAGUAUGUUUGCCUCGCCAAUAAAGACUGCCCAGUGGACAAGAGGAGGAGGAACCGCUGCCAGUUCUGCCGUUUCCAGAAAUGUCUGACAGUGGGAAUGGUCAGAGAAGUUGUUCGACGAGACAGCCUGAAAGGUCGCCGUGGGCGCCUGCCGUCCAAACCGAAGAUGGCAGCCGAGGCUUCCUCCCCCAGCCCUAAAGUCAACAUCAUAACCUCCUUGGUGCGAGUGCAUUUGGACUCCAACCCGACCAUCGGGAAGCUGGACUACUCCAAGUACCAGGAGACCGUGGGCAGUGUGUCAGAGAAGGAGAGCGCCGGCGACAUCCAGCAGUUCUACGACCUGUUAAGCGGGUCCUUGGAGGUGAUAAAAACCUGGGCUGAAACCAUUCCAGGGUUCCCAGACUUCUGCCCGGAGGACCAGCAGCUCCUGCUGGAGUCUGCCUUUGUGGAGCUGUUCAUCCUUCGUCUGGCAUACAGGUCCAACUCGGAGAAAAACAAGCUGAUCUUCUGCAACGGCGUGGUCCUGCACCGGCAGCAGUGCGUCCCGAGUUUCGGGGACUGGAUCGACUCCAUUAUGGAUUUCUCCCAGAGCCUCCACCGCAUGAACUUAGACGUCUCCCUGUUCGCCUGCCUGUCAGCGCUCGUCAUUGUCACCGAUCGCCACGGCCUCAAGGAGCCUAAACGGGUGGAGGACUUCCAGAGCAACCUCAUCUCGUCUCUGAGGGAACACGUGAGAUCGGAAACGAGCAGGACCCAGCCCAACUAUCUCUCCCGGCUUCUGGGUAAGCUCCCGGAGCUGAGGACUCUUUGCACUCAGGGCCUGCAGCGCAUCUUCUACCUAAAACUGGAGAACCUGGUCCCCCCUCCGGCCAUUGUGGACAAAAUCUUCAUGGAUAUUUUACCUUUUUGAAAAAAGGCGAAGGAGAAGGAAAGCACCUUAGAUACAUUUUUUAUUUUGUGGUUGAACAUCCUACUUAUAGCAGCUGUUUUGAAACAUGCAUGCAGAACUUUUAAAGACCGGAGCACUCCAAAGAAUUGAUGUCUUCUCCUCAUAUGAUCCCUAAAAAAUGCGUGUGCAAUUAUGAAAUUGCUGUGCUAAAUGUGCAACAACAAAAAAACCUGUACACUAUAUUGCCGUAAGUAUUCACCUAUGAACUUGAAGUGCCAUAGGAAGGCUGUCCACAAGGUUGCGGAGUGUGUUCAUAAGAAUUCAUCCCAAAGGUGUUCUAUCGGGUUCACGUCAGGACUCUGUGCAGGCCAGUCAAGUUCAUCCACACCAGACUCUGUCUUGAAGUGCAAUAGGAAUGUUGUCCACAACAUUGCGGAGUGUGUUCAUAGGAAUUUUCCACCAUCCUUCCAAAAGAGCAUUGGUGAGGUUGAUGUUGGUCGAGAAGGCAUUGCUCUCAGUUGCCGUUCAAUCAAUCAAUCAAUGUUUAUUUAUAUAGCCCUAAAUCACAAAUGUCUCAAAGGACUGUACAAACCAUUACGACUACGACAUCCUCGGGAGAACCCACAAAGGCAUUGCUCUCAGUCGCCGUUCUAGUUCAUCCCAAAGGUGUUCUAUUGGGUUCAGGUCAGGACUCUGUGCAGGCCAGUCAAGUUCAUCCACACCAGACUUUGUCUUGAAGUGCAAUAGGAAUGUUGUCCACAACAUUGCGGAGUGUGUUCAUAGGAAUUUUCCAUCAUUCUUCCAAAAGAGCAUUGGUGAGGUUGAUGUUGGUCGAGAAGGCAUUACUCUCAGUCGCCGUUCUAAUUCAUCCCAAAGGUGUUCUAUCGGGUUCACGUCAAGACUCUGUGCAGGCCAGUCAAGUUCAUCCACACCAGACUCUGUCUUGAAGUGCAAUAGGAAUGUUGUCCACAACAUUGCGGAAUGUGUUAAUAGGAAUUUUCCACCAUUCUUCCAAAAGCGCAUUGGUGAGGUUGAUGUUGGUUGAGAAGGUAUUGCUCUCAGUCGCCGUUCUAAUUCAUCCCAAAUGGGUACUAUCGGGUUCACGUCAGGACUCUGUGCAGGCCAGUCAAGUUCAUCCACCUCAGACUCUGUCUUGAAGUGCCAAAGAAAGGUUUUCCACAAGGUUGUGGAGUGUGUUGACAGGAAUUUUCCACCAAUUUUAUAAAAACACAUUGGUGAGGUCACACAUGUUGGUCAAAAAGGCCUGGCUCUCAGUCUUUGUUCUAAUUCAUCCCAAAGGUGUUGUAUCGGGUUCACGUCAGGACUCUGUGCAGGCCAGUCAAGUUCAUCCACACCAGACUCUUUCUUGAAGUGCCAUACAAAGGUUUUCCACAAGGUUGCAGAGUGUGUUGACAGGAAUUUUCCACCAAUUUUAUAAAAACACAUUGGUGAGGUCACACUGAUGUUGGUCGAGAAGGCCUGGCUCUCAGUCGCCGUUCUAAUUCAUCCCAAAGUGGUUCUAUCGGGUUCACGUCAGGACUCUGUGCAGGCCAGUCAAGUUCAUCCACACCAGACUCUGUCUUGAAGUGCCAUAGGAAGGUCGUCCACAAGGUUGCAGAGUGUGUUUUUAGAAAUUUUCCACCAUUAUUCCAAAAGCGCAUUGGUGAGGUCACAAGUUGAAUCAUGCGGACACAUUUGUUACUAGAUACUUUCUAAUCUGCCUUGGAGACUUUGUGUGUGUAACUAAUACGCAACUACAAAUAUCGGACAAGUCAUCGCCGCCUACUCAGAAAUAGCUACCGCUGCCAAUAAAAAGAGGAACUGAUGCCAACAAAGAAGAACUAGUUGCCACCAACGAAGAAGAACCAGUUGCCACCAACAAAUAACUAGUUGCCAGCAUCAAAGAAAAAAAUAGGCGCCACCAGCAAAGAAGAAAAUAGGCACCAGCAACGGUCUAGAAGGCCUGGCUUUCAGUCGCCGUUCUAAUUCAUCCCAAAAGGUGUUCUAUCGGGUUCAGGUCAGGACUCUGUGCAGGCCAGUCAAGUUCAUUCACACCAGAGUCCGUCAUCACUUAUUCUGAUCAUUUAGAUGGGUGGCCAAAAACUUUUGGCAAUAUAGUGUAGCAUGUUGUGUUUCUAAUUGUUGCAAAAGGGCCCAAGUUUGCACGUGCAAUCCGACAAGUACAACGUUUGCUUGUGGCCUUAAGCUGAACCAAAUGUUGGGACAUUACUCGCCUUGUGUUGCUGACGCUGGCAGGGUUCCAGUCGACACCACCUGUGAGCUGUGGAUCAGAACACCUCUUGAUAACGACUCGUCGAUGGAAACGGAGAAGAAAAGUGUCUUUGCCAAAGCCCCCCAGUCUGAACUCGCUUAAGUGAGUUUUAUUUCUCGCCUGACAAACAAGCUACCGUCAUCAUUUUUUUUUUUUCAGGCCUGCACAAGCUUUUGAUCGCCUGAAGCCAGCGUACGUGAUACUUGAUCUUUGAAGAGUAUCAAGUAGUGAGAAGUGCUUUGCAGUUUGGUUCACAUGUUGCCUGUUUGAAAUAAAGACUUUUUACAGUUAAAA